AUGGAAGGCGCCUUCACUCAUCUAGGGACAUCGCAUUUUCCAAGUCGUCACGGACACGCGUACAAUGACGAGACAUCCUCGAUUCACUCGCAUACCCUCACCGAAUCGACGUCGUUGACGCAUCAGUAUGGACAGGACGACGAGGAAUCGAUUGUGGACGAUAUCACUGUCGAGAGUUUGUCCUUGGCGCCAAGGAGGGGAGUUAGGGAAGAGGGUGAGGAAGGUGGCGAAUAUGAGGAGUUGCUCGAGGAGGGAGAGGGAGAGUUGCCGGAGCAUGCGUGCGCUUAUUGUGGGAUUCAUACGCCGAGCAGUGUGGUCAAAUGUCUUGGGUGUUCGAAAUACUUUUGCAACAGCCGCGGUAAUACCUCGUCGUCGCAUAUCAUCAACCAUCUGGUGAGGAGUAGGCACAAGGAGGUGUGUCUGCACCCGGCAAGUGCGUUGGGCGAGACUACCCUCGAAUGCUACAACUGUGGAACGCGCAAUGUCUUCUUACUCGGUUUCAUCCCCGCCAAGUCCGACACCGUCGUCGUUCUCUUGUGUCGUCAACCAUGUGCCUCCAUGCCCAGCUCCAAAGACAUGAACUGGGACCUCGCACAAUGGCAACCCCUCAUCGACGACCGUUGUUUCCUCCCCUGGCUCGUCACCGUCCCCGGCGACCACGAGAUCCUCCGCGCACGCCAGAUCACCCCUUCGCAGAUUACCAAACUAGAGGAGUUGUGGAAGGAUGACGCGAAUGCCUCCCUACAGGACUUGGAGAAGCCCGGAAUCGAUGACGAACCCAUGCCGGUGUUGUUGAGAUACGAGGACGCGUACCAGUACCAGAAUAUCUUUGGUCCAUUGGUCAAGAUCGAGGCGGACUACGACAGGAAGUUGAAGGAAAGUCAAACGCAGGACGGGAUCGUCGUCCGAUGGGAUCAGGGCCUUAACCAGAAACACACCGCAUGGUUCGUCCUUCCCAAAGUGGACAUGGGCGAUUACAAGUUGGCUGUGGGAGAUGAGAUGCGUCUGAGGUAUUACGGAGAGUUAAGAGCAGCAUGGGAGGGUGUCGGGUACGUCAUCAAGAUCCCCAACAACAUCAGCGACGAGAUCGGUUUGGAGUUGAGAAGUGGUGGGAAGGGUGACCGUCCUCCCACCGACUGCACGCAUAACUUCAAGGUGGACUACGUGUGGAAGAGUACCUCCUUCGACCGUAUGCAACUCGCGAUGAAGACUUUUGCUGUCAAUGAGACGUCUGUGUCUGGGUAUAUCUACCACAAGUUGCUCGGACAUGAGGUCGCGCAGCAGGUUUUGAAAACGCAGAUGCCGAAGAGAUUUUCGGCGCCGAAUCUGCCUGAGCUUAAUGUGAGUCAGGUUCAUGCUGUCAAAUCUGUGUUGCAGAAGCCUUUGUCGCUCAUUCAGGGUCCUCCGGGUACGGGUAAGACCGUGACGUCCGCGACUAUUGUCUACCAUUUGGCCAAGAUGAACCCGGGACAGGUUUUGGUUACUGCACCCUCUAACGUCGCCGUCGACCAAUUGGCCGGUAAGAUCCACAAGACUGGCUUGAAGGUCGUGCGUCUAUCCGCCAAAUCACGCGAAGACAUGGACAACCCCGUCGCUUUCCUCACCCUCCACGAACAAGUCCGCAACAACGACACCAACGUCGAACUCCAAAAACUCAUCCAACUCCGCACCGAACUCGGCGAACUCUCCGCCUCUGACGAAAAGAAAUUCAAGUCCCUGACACGCGCAGCGGAACGUGAGAUCUUGAUGAAUGCGGAUGUGAUUUGUUGUACGAGUGUCGGUGCGGGAGAUCCGAGGUUGAGUAAGUUCAAGUUCAGGACUGUGCUUGUUGAUGAGGCAACGCAGGCAACGGAGCCGGAGGUGAUGAUUCCGCUUGUUAUGGGGUGUAAGCAGGUUGUUCUUGUUGGUGAUCACCAGCAGCUUGGGCCUGUCAUCAUGAACAAGAAGGCUGCGAGGGCUGGUUUGCACCAGUCUUUGUUUGAGAGGUUGGUUAUCUUGGGGAAUGCGCCGAUCAGGUUGACGGUGCAGUAUCGUAUGCACCCGUGUUUGUCCGAGUUCCCGAGUAACAUGUUUUACGAGGGUACGUUGCAGAAUGGAGUUUCGUCUUCGGAGCGUAGUGCCAAGAAUGUGGAUUUCCCUUGGCCUGUGAUGGAGACGCCGAUGAUGUUCCAUUCGAACCUUGGACAGGAAGAGAUUUCUGCGUCUGGUACUUCGUAUCUGAAUAGGACGGAAGCGAGUAACUGUGAGAAGGUCGUGACGAAGUUGUUCAAGGCUGGUGUUGUGCCGAGUCAGAUUGGUAUCAUCACGCCUUAUGAAGGUCAGAGGAGUUACAUCGUGAGCUCUAUGCAGGUUAACGGAUCUUUGAGGAAGGAUUUGUAUAAGGAGAUUGAGGUGGCAUCCGUCGAUGCUUUCCAGGGUCGUGAGAAGGAUUACAUCAUCCUCUCCUGUGUCCGUUCCAACGAUCACCAGGGAAUCGGUUUCUUGAACGACCCACGUCGUCUUAACGUCGCGCUUACCCGUGCUAAAUACGGUGUCGUUAUCCUCGGUAACCCCAAGGUCCUUGCUAAGCACCCCCUUUGGUACCAGCUCUUGAUGCAUUACAAGGAGAACGAGUGUCUCGUCGAGGGACCCUUGUCUAACUUGCAGAUCUCGAUGAUUCAGUUCUCGAAGCCAAAGAUGAAUUUCAAGGGUCCGGAGAGGCAUACGAUGACCAUGUCCCGUCCGCUUGCGCCUGGAUCCCCGAAUGCGAAGAGGGCUGGGCCGAGUGCUGAUGCUUUUAGUGAGACGGCUAGCAUGAUGGGUGGGUAUAUUCCUGACGAUGUCAGUUCGGUGUACUCGGCUGCUACGAACAGCGUUCCGACUGGCAAUGGAUCUGCGUACCCACCUAUGUUCACUGCUGGCCCCGUGUUCUCGAGCGCGUUGGACAGCUGGCCCGCAUUGCCUCCCCAGCAGAAGACUUCGUUCAACCAGUCCGACAGAUUGAAUGGUGCUAACCUCCAGUCCAUCCCUGGAAGGAGGAACAGUGUCACUUCCGAAGCGCCAACUAUGAUCACCGACUAUAAGAGUCAGAUGGGCUUGGGUGAGAAUGACGCAUACAGUGUUGUUGCCUACUCUACCGCUGGUGGAAACAUGGAUGAUGACGGUAGGAGUGUGAGGAGUGAGGCGACGACGGCAUUCAGGAGUCAGGCGGCAUACAAUCCCGGGGAUGGCUUUAUAACUACUCCAAAUGCGUCGGACUUGGGGUUCAACGGACAUGGCGAUGAAUGGAGGCCACCCAGGGAAUUGCAGUACAAGGAGACGCUGAUUCCGAACUUGAAGCUGGGGAAGCAUAAUGUGGUUCUCACCGGUCGUGUCGUCUCCAUCUCCGCCUUCCCAUCACAAUCGACACUUCUCGUCCUACUGGGCGUUAAAGACCCGAGUCAUCACGUCAUCGAGGUAAAGGCAUACUUUCCCACCACCGCUCCUCCGCCGACAUUUCUCCAUCUCGGAGCUCGAGUCCGCGUGUAUUCUACCUUUACUGCCGCCGUCGAUGGCAAGAAACGAGAGAAUCAGAAAGGGGACAAGAUGGAGCGGAAGACGGUUUCGACUGUACCACUUUUUCUUUCCUUGGGAAGUGGCAGUAGCACAACGGGUAUCGUCUCCGUGGACACGAACGACGAUGGAAAGAGUGAGAGUAUCACCCGUGGUGGAAUCCUGAGUUUAAAGGAAUUCUUGUCGUUGAGAGAGGAGGAAGUCGAAGGCGAUAUGCGCGAUCUCAAACUCGUGGCGGCUGUCAAGAAGCUCGGAUUUAUCCGGUCCAUCACCACCAAGCAAGGUCGAGAAAUCCAGACGCUUGCGGUGGAGGUAUUUGAUGAGUCCGCCUCAUGUGAUCUCGUCUUCUGGGGUGAUGCAAUGUGCAUAUCCGCGACCAAGUUCACGCCAUAUUCGACCGUGCUGGUCAUUGACCGGGCUCACAAGAGUACGUAUGGUACUAAGAAGCAGGUCGUGGUGAGAGGUGACACAGCCAUUGACGUUGACCCGCCCAUUGAAUGCGCACGCUGGUUGAAGUCAUUCGCUCAGAACCUUGGCGGAUUGGUGAAGAAGUGUGAAGUCGAGAUUCCUGAUGAAGGAAAGAAGGUGAAGGUUCCAUGGGUCGAUGGUGAGGUUGAAUGGAAGGGUAGGGCAAAGGUAUUGUAUACUCUGGCGCAGGUCGAGGAGGCGUUGAGGGAAGUGCAUCGUAAUGUUGAAGCUCAAGAGGAAGGAGAGGAUGUUGAGACAAAGGACUUGGACAAAGCGAGUGAGAAGGAAGAAGCAGGAAAUGUCUUGAUGGGCUUUCUUAACGUGAUUAUACCACGCAUGGAGUACCAGGAAUUGGAAGAACAGGGGAAAGUGUUUCGAGGCGAAUGCUGCGAACGCAUAUACACGGCUCCUACUUCUGAACAACGCCGUCAGCAUAUCUGCAAAACAUGCAACAAGCCAGUACCAUUGUGUUACAAUCCUGCUCUUGUUCCCACCCUCCUCGACGAAGCCGCCACGUUACAGAGGCCACGGUUCACAGGCGGUGCCUACGAAGCACUCAUCAAAAUGUGGCAGGAGAAGGGUGCGUGGGAACGAUGGAGUCUGGUGUUUGUCGUCGACGAGGUUGGGGAGGAGGAAGAUGUUGAUGUUGGAAUGGGGCGGAUUGUCAUAUGUGGUGUAUGUGAAUAG